AUGGGUAACGCCGCCGCAAUGCCAAUCAGCGCCAAGGAGUGCGAGAAAUAUGGAAUCACCAUGGAUGAUGUUCAUGGCUACAACAAAGUUGUGAAGGAAACCAAGAAGAAGAAGAAAGGAAAGAAAUUGGACAAGAGGGACCUGGACAAGAUUCACAAGUACUGCCAGGAAACAAGCAGCAAGAGUGGCAAAAACAAGGGUCUGCACAAGCUACUAGAGACGAAAUUGAGUGCGAGUGUGACGGACCAAAGUGUGACACAAGCGUCUUCCACUUUUGAUGAUGAAAGCAUCUUGGAAUUUGUGCCGGCUAUGAUCCAGCUCGAGGACGAAGACGAAACAAGCGUCUUGGCCAGUGUCGCGGAAGGGCCGACGUCGGCGGAGGCAUAA